AUGCGUUCUUCUUUGUUCUUGGCUGGUGUCUACGUACUCGCUGCGACCGUCGCCGGUGCAGCAGAGCCUGAGAAGAGAGAUAGCCUGACAUCUCUAGGCGACAUCCUUUCACCAACUGUUGCUACCACCGCUGCUUCGACUACCAGUGACCCAACCUCUACUGCUCCAGACUCCGCUAGCCAGACUACAGCUGCUGAAACAACAUCUGCGGACCCUACUACUUCCGCUGAGCCCACCACAUCAUCAUCUUCCUCCUCCUCCUCCUCCUCCUCUACAACAUCGACUACAUCUUCGAGCAAAACAUCCUCGUCAACCUCCACAACAGAGCCCCCAUCGACAACAACAGAUCCUGCAACGGCCAAGACUUCCGCGACAUCUGAGCCUCCAUCUUCUACCACCACUGAGCCCUCCACUAGUCAGACUGAAACGGUUAUCUACAGAACUACUACCAUUAGCGGUGUUGCCACAACGCAAGCUUCCACAUCGACUGCACCUUUGACUUCUUCUACUAGCAGCUCGUCGCCUUCUCUCAGCUCCGGUUCUUCCGGCUCCAGCAGUGGGUUGAGCAAGAGUGCCAAGAACACCAUUAUUGGUGUCGUUGUCGGUGUUGGUGGUGCGAUUCUUCUCGCGGGUGUCGCUUUUGUCGCCUGGAGAGUCUGGGGACGCAAUAGGCACAAUAACGACAACGACGAAGACGAUCUGAUGAGCGCCGGUACUGCUGUUGGUUCCAACCUUCGUGAAAAGGCUCCAAGCCCAUCUUCUACUGGCACUCCAUUCCGCUCUACUCUCGAUCAAUACCACAAUCCUGGCCCUGUGAACGCUGCGUCCAACUUUUAG